AUGACAGGAACAGAAACUCUGACCAAGAUGUCUGGGGAGCCUGCUGAGCCUGAUGCACCUGGAGCUGAAGCAUCAGACCAGACAGAUGCCAGACCUGACCGCAGAGGGAGGUUUCUGCUGUUUGGAAGUAAGAAAAACAAGGAUGGCCAGAUGCGGGAGCAGGACCAAAAUUCUGAAAGCCAUUACAGAAUUGUUUCACCUACAUUCCAGUAUAAGAUGAGCCACCAGCGAGUGGGGAAGUGCAUCAUCAUCAACAACAAAAACUUUGAUGAGAAAACAGGGAUGAAUGUUCGCAAUGGGACCGAUCGAGACGCAGGAGAAUUGUUCAAAUGCUUUAAGAACCUGGGAUUCGACGUCUUCAUCUACAACGACCAGACGUGUGAGAAGAUGGAGCGUCUCCUCAGAGAAGCUUCAGAAGAGGACCACAGCGACAGCUCGUGUUUCGCCUGCAUCCUGCUCAGUCACGGUGAAGAGGGAAUGAUUUAUGGGACGGACGGAGCGAUGCCGAUCAAGACCAUGACCUCACUGUUCAGGGGCGACAUGUGUAAAAGCUUAGUGGGAAAACCCAAGCUCUUCUUCAUUCAGGCUUGUCGGGGAUCGGAGUUUGAUGAUGGUAUUCAAACAGAUUCAGGUCCGCCUAAUGACACUCUGGAGACUGAUGCUAACCCAAGACAUAAGAUCCCAGUAGAAGCUGACUUCCUUUUUGCGUACUCGACUGUGCCAGGAUACUACUCCUGGAGGAACCCUGGCCGUGGCUCCUGGUUCGUCCAGGCUCUCUGUAACGUCCUGAACGAGUUUGGGAAGCAGCUGGAGAUUAUGCAGAUUCUGACUCGAGUAAACUACAUGGUGGCCACAAGCUUUGAGUCUUGGUCUGAAGACCCGCGCUUCAGUGAGAAGAAGCAGAUCCCGUGUGUGGUCUCCAUGCUCACCAAAGAACUGUAUUUUAACUGA